AUGCUACUGGGAUUCCUUCUCGUCCUGGCCUUAACUUGCGGGCCGCGAUACAGCGAAGGAGCUCGUGGCCGGCUGCUUUCCUCCAAUGAGAACGAUCGACGCGGUCUCUCAGUCCAAGCUUCCGUCGGGCCCUCGGUUGCUGGAAACGUUGACUCUGGCGAUUCGUGGGCUCACUUGCGUGUCCGAGAUGGUGCUCCAGUGCAGCGACAACUGCAGCAGCAGGAGCAGCGGGAUGAGAAGUUGAUAAACGACGAGCAGCUUCAGGCUGCUGAGCAGGUACGCGUGGAAGUCGAGAAGCAGAGAAUGCUGGCGGCAAUUGGAGAGUGGAAGCCCCAGGAGAAUGUGGGGAAGCAGUGGCGGCGGAAUUUGCAUAAACGGAGCUGGCGGAAGAAGAGCAAGAAGCAGCAGCAGCUGGCGAAG